GCAAGGGUCAAGGUCAUAUUUAAAUGCUUCGACACCCGCUCUCAAGAUAUGUCACUGAGAUGGACGCAGCUGAGAGACAGAUGACGGCGGGCCCGAUUGUUGUCAAUCAUCAAUGAGUCAACGUCGGGAUGGUGUCUGUUAAGUGCUUGCGAGUGAGGGCAUCGACGAUCGUUUGGUGGCUCAAGAAAUUGGAUUGCCUGCGAUUGAUGAGCACCUGUCCUUUCAUAGACGGUUAGGCGACAAGCUUGUACCUCGAUUGGGUCUGGGCGAACCAUGGCUCUCCAUCUGGUCCGAUGGCCUUGGUUCAGCCCAACCCACCUCGCAUGUUGGAGUGUCGUCCAACUCUCGCUAUGAUCAUACCAUGAUCGCUGCCUUGGCCGUGCCUCAGGAGUCGACGCCGUCACUGCGUUUUUCACCAGACUUAACUCGAAGGAUUACCUUUAGCUAGUGCGAGCCUGCUGUAUUCAGACUCAAGCUGUCGUGGCUCCCGCCGAGUCCAUCCGUGCAGGUAUCUCUGUUGGUCCGUUGUCAGACUGCACAAGACUGACGUGACAAAGUGCAGGAUGUUCGUCAUCUGGUAUUCCACGCGGAAUCGUUAUCUGCGUUGGUGUUUGUCUACCAAGUACGAAAAUCUCCAAAAUGCAGCCGCACUAAGUCGUGCAAGUUCAUGCGCGGUAGUGCAACGGCUUGGUGCAGCGCUUGAGACGGUCAUAUGAUAUCGGCAGUUGUUUUGUUGGAUCCAAUUUGUGUUGUUAGUUGCAAGAUCCAAAAUUACAAAAAGACUGCGCCGUAGGGGGGAAGGCGGCAAGAUGCAUGAGCGACAGAGUGGGACCGGAGUUUAGCAGGAGCCAAGGGACAAGACGGGAGCUUGUUGGGGGAAGUGGAUAAGGUAGCGCACUUUGACUGACUGGAAGGCCCCUGAAAACGGUUGUUUCCUUCUGCCUUAGCGAAUAUCAAAAACAUGCUAUUCUUCAUCUCCUCUCCCAACGACUACCCGUGAUCACUUUCACUGCCUAAACUCGCACGACAACAACAAUAACAUAAUGUUUCAAGUAAGGCUGUCUCGAGAUUGCUCAUGCAUCGACCGGUUUCCCUUCUACGACUUCUACAGGCGCUCCUUGUCAACGAUCAAACAUCUAGCUUCACUUUCGGCCAUUCUAGUUCUCUCCAUGCGACAGGCUUCUCUGUCAUGAGAACAUGAUGAAGCCUCAAGAGUCUCAGACAAUCAGCACGAGCAACAGUUACUUCGCCAAUUCUCCGAUAUUGUGACAUGUUUGUAAACUGAAGGACAAGAGCAACUGGCCCAUUGUUACUGCGACAUGCCAACAAUAGAUGCUGACAGAAAUAGGUAGAUCUCCAUUGACGCAAACCGCCAUGAGACCUUGUGUCUGGCACCCAGGACGCCUUAUGACAAAUACUGCACUUGUCCUGCGUUCCAAAGGCGCUUCCCCAGUUACAUGGCUGCCUUGCCGGCAUGGAAUUUGCGCAGCGCAAACAACCUUCAGCUUUGUCACGAACGCCCGGCCAUAUCUCUCAGGAUCAGAAAACGACAGAUGGCUCGCCAUCUCUCAGUGGGUACAGAACUUGAGAUAGCAAAGUCAUGCAACUCAAGUGAUCAAGCUACGACAUUAUUCGCUACACAAGCACAAUCACAGUCACAGCAUGCACAACUAUGAGGCUCAAGGCAUGAAACUUGAACCCUCAUCCUUUCUGUCUGGCGGUUGCCUCCUGUCCCUCUGUUCAGGAUGGGGGAAGCUUAGCUACCAAGAAAGAGGGUGGUGCCGAUAUCAGUCCUUGAGUGCAGUCAGACUAGUAGCAAAAUGUGGGAAAGUCGAUGCUAAUCUUUCAUGAUGUCGGUUCGUGGUUGAUCUCGCUUGACAGAGUUAAGAUACUGUCAAGCCUUUUACUGCGCCUCAUCAGCUAUCACAGCGGGCAGAGGGAGCCAAGGUGUACAGGCAGGCAACAUUUGUGUCCUUGGCUCCCGGGGUAUUACAAUAUCAAGCAUACUAUGGAAUCCCAGCCUGUGUGUAACUCCUUUCAACAUAGCUACACGAAAGGAACUGGAUUGGCCUCUAGUUAAUAUGCCUGAUCUCGGCUAAUUCGUGCCUUGACCUCAGCCAGUGUCGAGGAUUUGGGAGGGCGCUGAGCCCAGAGCUAUAUAGGAUGGAUAAUGCCCCCGAAAUAUAGCUGUCAAAACGCAAUUUGACGAAAUCGACUAAGUAGGCUCCCAUAUUGAUCAGCCUGAACUUCUUUUGAAUCAUCGACAUAUCUCAGUAUACUUUUACUUUGGCGAGUAUCUAUCUUAUCACGCAUCUAGUCUUCACACUUCCAUCGGGGACUACCACUUCUAUACAAGCUUGUACGAGAUCCUCCAUCAUGGGCAGCGGUAAAGGCGGAAGCUCUUGGGCUAGUAAGAGUAGCAGAAACUCUCGACCGGAAUGCCAUGUGGAAAAGUGUCAUCAUCCGAUAGGAAAGUUCAAUUCUGGGACGUAUUCUAUCUACUGCGAGAAGCAUGCUUGUACUUUCGGCGCUGGGUGUAAGUCUAGCAAGCGUUCAAAAGAUAAGUUCUGCGACAAACAUUCCAAGUGCGAUUGGCAUCGAUGCAAUGCGAAGGUCUUGGAUGUCGAAGGAGAUGACUUUAAAUACUCCAGCAUCGGUCACAGCGAUUGGCUCUGUCGCGAUCACUCCUGUAAGGCGAAAGACAAAGACAAGCAAUGCUAUGAGGAGCGCUACAAGAACUCGCAAUACUGCAAAGAGCACUCCAAAGAGUUCCAGUGCAAGAUGCCGAAAUGCGAUUCCGACCGAGAUGGUUCUGAACGGUACUGCAAGAAACACCAUUGUGGAGUGGACGACUGCCACCGUCGAGUACUCAGCUUAGCGAAUGAUGAAAUGGCGGGUCGAGAUAAGAAAAAGUGCUACAAGCAUCAACGCUGUGAAGCCUUGAGAGACUGCAAGAACUACUCGCUUUGGGAUCCCGACAAAACUCCAACAAGGCUCUGUGUGAACCAUUCAAAAUGUGAGUUCUUCCAGGCCUGCAACGGCUUUGCCCAAGGAGAUUCGAGAUUCUGUACCGAUCACGAGUGCGACCAACAGGGCUGCCUGCAGCCUCGGGAUGUUCAUAACGGCCUGGUUAUGAGAUGGUGUCAUAUGCACUUGUGCUCUGCGCCUGGAUGCCCCGACUUUGCUAACGGACAUGGUCACGCCCACCCGCAGAAGUGCUUCCGACACACUUGUCAAAGAGCAGAAUGUUCAGAAAUCGUCCAGGACAACAACCCCAACUCUCAUUUUUGCCUGACCCAUGCCUGCGCCGAUCCUGCUGCCGUGCGCCUCGAGAACGCGGUUCUCCAUUCUUCCCCACCCUUUGCACACUCCAUGGGGACGAGAGAGCGGAACAACAAGAGAGAUACUAUCAUUAUACUACUUCUCCUUCUCGAGCAACAUCUCGCUCGAGUAGCAGGACUAGUAGCCAUGACUCCCGGCGCAGGCCGAGGUCAUUUCGCCCCCAGCAAUACCAUUACCCAACAUAUCAGGAUCCGUUUCAGGCCUCAGAAGCCGGUCGUCGAUAUGCGUAUCAUAACAUAG